AUGAACACAAUCGGCUUUCACGGCGCAAACGGUGCGUAUGCAGAGGACGCCAUCCUCGAAUUGACGUCGAACCACCCCAGCUUCGCCAACCAUUCCUUCACAACUGAGGGAUUCGAUACCCUGGCCGAGCUACUGGCAAGUGUCCAGCGCGGCACAGUACGACACGGCCUGAUUCCCAUCGAGAACUCACUCUCAGGAACCCUGCACUCUGUCCUUGAACUCUUUGCAAAGCAGGAACCCCGUCUUUGGGUCGUGGGGGAGUACACCUGCAGUGAGUCGCACUACAUCAUGGCACGCGAGGAUAUCGUCACAGACCUCAAGGACAUUGUCGAGAUCCAAUCCCACCCGGCGAUCCUGGAACAGUGUCAGGAUUUCUUGGAUGCUACGUUGCCCGAGGGGUAUAGGGCUGUGUUGGCUAGCAAUACUGCUACUGCUGCUGAACAAGUUGCUAACAGUGAUGAAUUUGGGAUCGCGGCACUGGCUGGAAAACGAGCAGCAACACUCCACGGCCUCACCAUCCUAGGUCAGGACUCGACCCCCAACAACAUCACUCGGUACUGGCUCAUCUCCCGCCACCCAGUCCACCAACCCGACCGACACAUGUCCCCCAAAUCUUCCUUCGCCCUUGUCAUGAAGAACCAAAUCGGUGCCCUUCAUCGCGUCUGCGCCUGUUUUGCACUCCGGGAUAUCAAUAUCACAAAGCUGGAAUCGAGGCCGAGUUCGAGGAACAUUACGAGUGCCAGUCCGUGGGAGUACACGACUUACAUCGAUAUUGAGGGUGCUCCGGGCAAUGAGGAGAAUGUGAGAAGGGCGGUGGAGAAUUUGAAUGAGUUUACACAAAAGUGUAUUCACCUUGGCUCCUACCCGAGAUACUUGAUCGGAAACACCAGGAAUUGA